AUUUGAUGCUUUGGUUUAUUCCAUAUGCAGGAGGGCCGAGCAAAUUCUGGAUCAAUCUUUUGUUAUUGUCGCCCUGGAUUUGGUGACUCAGAACAUAACUCUUCUCACCCAGACUCCCAUUGUUGAUAUUCGUUCCUGAAUACCCCUCACAGGCUUUAUCAAUUUCCAAGUCGCGCUUGUGUCUUGCGACAUAUAAGAAGCGUAGGCAAGAUUUGAAAAUACUGAACAACAUAACAACAUUCAAACCUUAAAAUGCCUGCAUUUGAUAGUGUUACUGCACUUCCGCAGUCCACAGAUGUGACGACUACAGAGCAGGCCUCUAUCCAAUUCCCACCUGUCACUAGGGAUCACAUUCUGAAUUGCUCUUAUGAUGCCUGGUUCCCCAAGUACCGCACCUCAUGUCUCAAGUCUCGCAUCAUCAAGCUCUCGCCAGAGUUUGUCGACUAUCUCCGAGAAGACGGCAUAACUCUGGCGGAUGAAGCUGAGGACGGCGAGGAUGACUGGGAACCUUCGAUCCCUACAGGCGUCUUCAAGGCGCCCCAGCCAGAGCCAGGACAGGACCAGGGAGAAGCAGACACGGAUUCUGACGACGACGAGAGGGAUCAACAAACCCCUGCAAAGCUUCCUCCAAAUCGCAGAUUCCCGGGGCUGCACCAGAAAAUCAAGGACGAGAUUAAACAGCUCGGUGGGGAGGUAGUCCCCAAGCUGAACUGGUCGUCGCCCAAAGACGCCACCUGGAUCAUGUUGGACAAGAACACGAUGCGCUGCACGACUCCAGACGACGUGUACCUGUUGCUAAAGAGCUCGAGUUUCAUCAGCCAUGACCUCGAGCACGCCUUUGACGGCUGCGCGACAGCAUUACAGCAGCAACCUAGCCAGGGUAGCGAUGCAGCAUCAAGCACCUCCACACUAGGCUUCCAGCCCGUGUUAGUCCUGCGCCCAUAUUUCAAGCCGCAGCCCUCGCUCGAGUUCCGCUGCUUCGUCAAGCAGAGGAACCUGGUGGCCAUCUCCCAGCGCGACCUCAAGAACUACGACUUCCUCGACGGUCUGCGGCCCGCCAUCAUUGCCCGUGUGAGGGAGCUCUUCAACAAGAUCCUCCGCUUCACCUUCCCGGACGGCUCUUUUGUAUUUGACGUGUAUAUCCCCGAGGGUGACGAUGACGACGACGAUGAGACCGACUGCAGGCUGUCCAGGGCGAGGCUGAUCGACAUCAACCCCUGGGCCCCGAGGACCGACUCGUUGCUGUUUGAUUGGGAGGAGCUCUUGGAUCUGCGGGUGCCGAGACCGGUUCUGGGGACGAGUGGUGAAGUUGGUGUUGGCGCGCCGGGCUUGGAGGCUCCGAGCGAGACGGACGAGACUACGGAUGAUGACGAGGAUGAGGACGACUUUGAGCCGGAGUUGCGGCUCGUUAGCAAGGACGACCCGAUCGAGUCAAACUUCCUCUCAUCGCAGUACUCUGCUCACAAGCUACCCAAGGAGGUGGUGGAUGCUAGUGCUGCAGGCGAGGGUGGUAUGAGGGAGUUUGCACAGCAAUGGAAUCAAAUGAUGGGGGCAAGGAAUUGAGGCAGUUGGUCUAGCUUGUUACGUCUCAAUAAAAACAACCCUCAUUCAGUCUUUGCAUUUACCCAGGGUCAGUGAUUUCAAAAAGACAAUUUUUUGGUGGAGUCUCGUCUAUCAUAUGCUUUCGCCCACCGUACGGUCUGGUCUUCGGGACCUUCUCCCAUUAUCAUCCUUCCGGCUUUCAGGGGCCAAUGAUAGCUUAGUCGUUCUAUAAUCUGCCCUGAUAGCACCCACCGUUUCGUACUCC